ACACAAAGAAGAAGAAGAAGACCGUCUCUCUCACAGCUAGGCUAACGCUAGCGACCAGUGUUAAUUGGAAUAAAUUUACGACUUUGAGAAUUUGAACAGAAACAUGGGGAAAAAACAUAAGAAGCAUAAACCGGAAUGGAGAACAGUUGACGACUAUGAGGACAAAGCUCUUGAGAAGCCUCUGAAGCUUGUGCUCAAAGUUGGAGGAAGCGAAGUGACUGAACUCUCUGGGUCCGGCCAUGACUCCAGCUACUACGAUGACAGAUCAGACCACGAGCGAGAACGUCACAAAGAAAAGAAGAAAAAGAAGAAGAAAAAAUCUGAAAAGGAUAAAGACAAAUAUGUAGAUGAUGAGGAGAGAAGGCGAAGAAAGGAGGAGAAAAGGAAGAAGAGGGAGCGGGAGCAGAGUGAAUCAGAGGCGGCAGCAGUGACUGUUGCUAGUAGUAGUAGUGGUGGUGGUGGUGGUGCUGGACCUGUUGAACCAUUCACACUGUCAAAAAGUAUUGGAUUGGAGCCAGAAGAGAAAAAGAAGAAGAAAGAACGGUUUGAAAUAGAGCCCGAAGAGGAGGAGUUUCACCCCACUGUGAAGGUGGACGUAGAACAACCAGGAGACAGGCCAGUCAGAGCGUGCCGGACACAGCAAGAAAAUGAGUCCACACCACGGCAACAGCUGCUAGAACACUUUCUGAGGCAGCUGCAGAGGAAAGAUCCCCAUGGGUUCUUUGCAUCUCCAGUAACAGAUGCAAUCGCUCCUGGUUACUCAAUGAUCAUCAAACAUCCUAUGGACUUCAGCACAAUGAAAGACAAGAAUAGAAACAAUGACUAUAAAACAGUAACAGAAUUUAAGGCUGAUUUUAAACUGAUGUGUGACAAUGCCAUGGUAUACAACCGACCAGAGACUGUCUACUACAAGGCUGCAAAGAAAUUGCUUCACACAGGAUUCAAGAUGAUGAGCAAGGAACGGCUUUUGGCUCUGAAACGCAGCAUGUCAUUCAUGCAGGACAUGGAUUUUACCCAGCAAGCAGCCAUUUUGGGGGAUGAAGACCUGACAGCUGACAUUCCUCCUCCAGAGACAAUCCACAUUCCAAUGGAAUCUCCAAGGAAGCCCAGGAAGCAGCCAGCCAAGGACAUGAAGGAAGUCAUCAGUUACCUGUAUGAACCAGAGGGAAACGCAUGCAGCUUGACUGACAGCACAGCAGAGGAGCAUGUUCUGGCGCUGGUUGAACAUUCUGCAGAUGAAGCUCACGACCGCAUCAACAGAUACAUGCCAAACUCCAAGGUUUUACACUUUGAACACUUUUUAUACAAUCCAGUUGUAUCCAAUGUUUACACAAGUUAUAGCUCUUUUUUAUUAUUAGAGCUGACAGCUUUUAAAGCGUUUAAUUUACCCAGUGUUUUGCUUUUUCAGAUGGGGUAUUUGCGUAAGGAGUCUGACAGUUCUCUUUUGUAUACUGUUGUAAAUCAACUCGAUCCUGAUGCAGAAGAGGAAGAGACCCAUAAAGUGGAUCUAAGUUCUCUGUCAAAUAAGCUUCUGCCUGGGUUAACAACCCUGGGCUUCAAAGAUGACAGGAGACACAAAGUGACCUUUCUUAGCAGUGCCUACAACGUCCAGAGCCUCCAGAAGAACUCUGUCUUUGCAGACUUGUUACCUGAUGAGAUGGACAUGCUCUAUUCAGCCUAUGGAGAUGACACAGGGGUUCAGUGCGCUUUAAGUAUACAGGAGUUUGUCAAGGGCUGCAGCGGUGUCACCAAGCAUUGGGUUGACGGGCUCCUGGACAAGAUGACCGCAGGCGAUCACACAAAAUCUGUCAAUCAGAUACGACAGAAGAGAAAUAUAAUGCUGAAACCUGACGAAACCAAGUCGAACAUCUGUGACAUGCAGAUGGCAGAUGGAGCUGGCCUGGGAGAGGGGAGUUCGGUGCUGGAUUUCAUGUCAAUGAAGACUUAUCCAGAUAUGUCUCUGGAUAUCACCAUACUUAACUCAUUAGGCAAAACUGUGAAAAAAGAGCCAGGUAAUGAGGAGGGCCAGCAGCCUUUUGAUGAUGCUGAUAAACUCCUGCAGGAGUUCCAAGAAGCACAGGUGGAUAGAGUUGGUUCCAGACCCUCAUCCAACCUGUCCUCACUCUCUAAUGCCUCCGAGAGGGACCAGCACCACUUAGGGAGCCCAUCUCAUCUGGGUGUUGGGGACCAGUCUGAAAUGGUUCAUGAUCCCUAUGAGUUCCUGCAGUCUCCAGAGCCAGAGAACACGGCCAACGGCUGACCACACACUGCCGCACUGUUAUCCUGUUGCUAACUACUCUGUUAUGGACUGUUGAAUUGCAGUGAAGAAAGCAGGAGCCUCAGACCUUUGUUAAAGACUGAACAUAAGUGUACAGACUAGUGUGAUUGUGUGUUUUUGUAUGAGUUGCAGCACUUGAAAAAUAAAUGUUUGUGAAUGUGUGCACUCAGUUAUUAGACACAAAUCUUUUACUUAUUCUGAUUAUAUACAGUGUUGUUAAAAAGCAUUUGCCCUCUUUUUUUUGCAUGUAAAUGCAAAAUGCCGUUUUUAAAUGCUGUUUUCAUUUAUUAAGGUAAAGAGCAGAAUUCAUGGUUCCAGCAAUUAGUCGUCCAGCCCCAGACGAUAAUACUAUCACCACUAUGGACUGCUGGUGAUGUAUUUUUGUGAAAUUAGAUGUUUUACUGCAGAUGUAACAGGAAUCAAACCUUCCAUAAAGUUCUGCUUUUAUCUGUGGGUUUUAAGUGGUGGAAAUGAAGUUUCUCUAUAGGGUGGCUGGCCUCUCCCUUAGAGAUAGGGUGAGGAUUUCAGCCAUCCGGACGUCAGAGUAGAGCUUCUACUCCUGCACAUUGAAAGAAGCCAGUACAGGUGGUUCAGGCAUCUGACAAGGAUGCCUCCUGGGUGAGGUGUCCUGGGCAUGUUCCACCAGGAGGAGGCCUGGUGCAGACCCAGGACACGCUGGUGAAAUCAUAUCUCCUCGCUGGCCUGGGGAAGGUGGCUGGGGGGAGGGAGGUUUGAGCUUCUCUGCUUAGGCCGCUGGCCCUGUGACAGGGGCAGAGUUCUGUCAUGGCAUCCGAUGCCAUUUUUAUUCAGUAUUUUUCUUAUUGUUGAAUCAUUAACUGAGACUAGUGAGGCCUGCAGUUCUUUAGAUGCUGUUCUUUUGUGAUCUCCUGGAGGAGUCACUGAUGUGCAAUGGCUCUCAUUGUGGUUGACUAUAAAUGUUUAGUCUUUUUCAGAGAUAGAUGUCAAUUACUUUCUCAUCUGUUCUUCCGUUUCUGUAGAUAGUGGUAUGAUGUCGUAUGUGUUGCUUUUUG